AUGGCAUAUUGGUCUCCUGCACUUGCCAUGAAAGCUUACUUGGACACUCUUCAUCUGUGCAGGAAACACAGUGAUGAAGACAGCUCAAAUGGAAGUACAACACUGGUUGAACCAAAAUGGAUGGAGUUCAUAUCAGCUUUGGCAGCCGGAAAGAGAGCAAGAAUGAUGGUGGAGAUAGCCUCAGAAGGCAUAUCACCACUAACAAUAUCUCUGGCUGUGGCAGCGAAGCACACAGGAGGGAAACUUGUAUGCAUUCUUUUUCGUCAAGAAGAUAUAAAGAAAAGCAAGCAACGUUUAAAAGUUUAUGAUUCACAUCUCCAAGAUGUGAUUCAAUUUGUCCAUGGAAAUCCUUUGGAAGUGAUCAUGAAGUACAAGAACAUAGACCUUAUUGUGAUUGAUGGCAAGUUAACAUUAGAGAAUGAUUCUGACUUAAAAAUAUGGUUCAAAAGAAUUCAUUUCAAACCAAGUGGCGAUGGGGCUAUUUUAGUAAGGCACAAUACAAGACAUGGAGUUUCUUUUUCUGACGUUUUGAAUGGAAAUGCAGGGGUUCGAUCUGAGACUCUGCCUAUGGGAGAAGGCAUGGAGUUGAUAAGAAUUCGAUCGGUCACUAAGCGUGAGAAUAGGAGAUGCAAGAGAUUUCAUGCUUUUGUAAAAAAUAUCAACAAGCUGGUCUUUUGUGGAGAUAUGAUGAACCUUGAGGGUACCAUUCGCAACACACUCUCAUGCAAAGUGAUAAUCGAGGGAGAUACGUACAUUUCAUUCGCGAAUGAAAAACAGAAUUUGCACAUAGACAAAUAG